AUGGGUCUGAUUUCUGCCGGUCUCUCAUACCUCGUCUUCUCCGCCAUCCACAUCGUCCAGUUCGCCCUCGCUAUCACCGUGUGCGCGCUGUACGGAAUCGACCUGAGCCGCGCCAACAAGCAAGGCACAUACAUCGACAGCAAAUGGGUCUACGCAGAGGUGGUCGGCGGCCUGUCCGCCUUCACAGCGGUGCUGUACCUGGUGCCUUUCAUCCUGCGCUUCUGGCUCGUGUGGGCGUGGAACCUGGUCCUCUUCAUUCUGUGGAUCGCGCUCUUCGGAGUCUUUGGAAAGAUGUACAUCAAUGAGGACGCCGAGGGCGACAGCGGCGUGCAGCGCAUGAAGAACGCCGUCUGGGUCGACCUCGCCAAUGCCAUCCUGUGGUUCCUCACCUUUGUCGGCGCUGCCGCCUACUGGUUCACCCACCGCGAGAGACACAGCCGCUUCACCGGUCGCGCCAGGGUCUAG